AUGGUCACUGUACUCUCUGUAGAGAGCUACAUCGCUCUAUUGAAGACACAUAUAGACAUUCGAUAUGUCUCGCGCCGGCGCGAGAUUGCUAAACAUUCCUUUGACAACGCUCGCGCAUCUCAGCGGCCUUUCUUCUCUAUCUUGGACUCGCUGGCCUCUAUCUGCGUUCCUGGAAGAGGUAUUCACGUUGCUGUUGCUUUGGCGGUUGAUGGAGCGGUAGCGUCCCUUUACGUUGCUUCAGGCGGUGGUGGUACGAGUGGCGAACUUAUGAUCGAGGACCCGUUGAAGGCUUUGAUUGUCCCACUCUUGAAGGACCUCUGGGAGAAACUUAGACAACUUCGCGAUUUGGACUCGGACUCUACAGUGGCUACAGAGAAGCGCAAGGCUCUCCAUGCAAUGUUGUGUGAAUCCUACUCCUGCAAGCUCAAACAUGGCGUUGGAAAGAAAUUGCGUGUCUGUGUCCAGGAGAUCAUUCAGAUCCUCGAGGGACAGCUUCACAACUCUUCAGGUUCUGCUAUUGUCAGUGAAGACGACUACGCCGAAAUUCAAAGCCUUGCCGAGAGAUUGGACGAUCUCUUUGCCCCGAUGAAGUCGCAUGCACAAGACAUUGCUGCCUAUUUCAUGGAUCUCGAGACGCGAUGGCUUCCCAGACUUCGAGGGGACGACAAUCUUCUUGAUCGUCUCGAUAUGAUCUCCAAAAGCCACUCAUCGCUCCUUCGCCGCUAUCUUGAGAAACUAUCCACCUUUCGAUACCACUGUCAUACAAUCAUUAGUCUAGCCUACUCCCCUCGCUUCAAAGUCCUCCUUGAUUGUGACUUGGAUGUGAUACCGAUACCUGCAAGCCGCAAGAACCAAGAACCCAUCACUAUCGACCUGGAUAGGGAGGUCUGGCGCUCGGCCGUUCAAUCCACCGAACUAGGAUAUCUCUCGGAAGCAGAUUUCGAUACCAUCCAUGAGGGGUGGUUUCAAGCCUUAUUCAACGACAUCAAGGCCAAGUCCCGUUCCCCAUCACCAUCUUGGGCGAACGAACACGAUCGAAAACUGGUCUUUUCAGAUUUAGAAUCAAACGCGUCAAGUACUGGCUACCACCCCGAGUGCGCAGUGCUAUGCUAUCUCCGGCAGCACGGCAUCCACACAUACCCAUAUAUUGGUGCCUCGCGGGAUCUGUGCUAUGGAUGCGACGUUUUCUUUAGUGCCUACAAUUCCGUUUCGCAGUGGAGUCAGAUGAAUCCGACUUUUUAUCAUCGGGGAAGCGAUGGGAAGGUCAAGUUGCCGUGGGUUAUGCCGCCAAAUGAGGAUAUGUACGAUGCUCAGGGAAACUUGAAAGCCGGAGAGGUGAGUGAGGAGAUGGUGGAUAUUUUGGUCAAGGAUCUGGAGGGGUUUGCGUACGAAACGAGGUGGGGAAGGAAGGAGGUGGCUGUAUGGCAGGACGAUACAGAUGAAGUAAGGAAGUCAUGUUCUUCUGGCCGCUCGAGGAAGUUGUCGAAGAGAUGGGAUUUCGACGAUUAUCCUGUAACUCGAUUAAACUGGGGUGUCUAG